AUGAACUACUCGUCAGAUGACCAGCGACUCGUACUCGGUACUGAUGCCUCCUCGGUCAUUCUCUGGGACCUUCAGUCAGACGAGCCUGAUGUCAAACUGGAAGGCCACACUGAUGCGGUGGACUGCGUCGCCUACUCUCCCUGCGGCAAAUGCAUCCUCUCUGGCAGUCGCGAUAAGACGUCAGGCGAGGUCGACAGUUGGUCCUGUGUAGCAGUGGUUAGCAGGUGCUUGGAAGUCGUUACAAAUGUUGCAUGGAAUCCGGUGGUCCCUUUGGAGUUUGUCACUGUUUCCGCUGAUGGGUCUGUUCGAGUGUGGCGUAUUUCGGGUACCGAGGCAGAAGACGUGUCGAUUCAUAUGCACUGGGGCUCUCACAUUAGCCAGCUGUGCGCCACGGAUCUGACUUUUAAGGGAGCCGUCGGUCUCAGUCCGAUCUACUGCAAGUUGUUGGCCCAGCGCGGUGCCAUUGACGCUUCACUAUUGUCGGAGGAAGAUGAGCCAGGGGAAGAGAUGGACGAGUAG